AUGUUCAAGUUAGAAUCUUACAUAACUCCUUUGUUGCUCAAUUAUGUUGAUAAAUAUAUUAAGAACUUGAAACCUGAAGACUCACAGUUUUCUUUAUGGGGUGGAGAUGCUGUGUUUUGCAAUUUGGAUUUAAGACUUGAUGUUUUGGAACAAGAACUGCAAUUGCCAUUUACUUUUGUAAAUGGCCAUAUUCAUGAAUUGCGCAUACACAUUCCAUGGACUAAAUUAGGAUCUGAACCUGUGAUCAUUACUAUUAAUACAAUUGAAUGUAUUCUCAAACUGUGUACUGAUAGUGAUGUUCCUGACUGUGAUGCAAAGACAGUUUUAUUAUCUAAGAAGAUAUCCAGCAACAAGCUUUUAAAAAGACCUGAAGUUAUUGAAGCACCACCUGGAUAUGUACAAAGUCUUAUAAAUCGUGUUAUUAGUAAUAUUUCAAUUGUUUGCAAUAACGUUAUUUUGAAGUAUGUUGAAGAUGAUAUUGUGCUGUCUUUGAACAUAAAGUCUGUGGAACUAUUUAGUGUUAAUGACAAGUGGGAAAAAGCUUUUGCAGAUUUAAGUGCUGCUGUUCGAAAAGUUAUACACAUGCAAGAUCUGACUGUCUGCUUAGACAAGCGGGAUGCCAGUGGUAAAAUUGAAACAUACCAAGACCCUUUGUUGUAUCGUUGUUCUUCUACAUGGCGGCUUUAUAGCAUUUACAAUUCUCCUCAUUCCAAAUAUCCAGCUGUAACGAGGAUACAUAUGUUUUGUGAAAAUUUAGACUUUUCACUGACUAAUCAGCAAAUUCCUAUGUUUCUCAGAUUGAUGAAUCUCUGCAUAGCAUUACAGAAUCAAAGUACUUUCAAAGAUAAAGAAGCUAUGAAUGUAAUAGAUGAUAAGACUGAUUGUACUACUUCUACCAUUGAUGAGCAUACAGAUGACAAAGAAAGCAGGACUCAAGAAGAAAGUUGGGGAAAUUGGGCUUGGUCAUUCAUACCAGAUAUGACUCCAAUGUGGAAUGCUUCUGAAGUUGAAGAACAAGAAAAAGAACAAACUGUUGUUGUACCAGAUCCUACUUGCUGUGGCUCUUCGAAAUUCAUUUUUUCUCCAUUAUUGGUUCUUGAUUUGUAUGGUUGCUGCAUGGAAUUCACUUCAAAAGGCAAAGACUUUGUAAAUAUGCAGAUUGGUAUUUCUGGCAGUACAGUAACUGGCUUAGAAGAUUGUGCAUGUGGAUACGAAGAUUUUUCAAGCAAUGAGUCUGUGAUGCCAAAGGUAUUUCUGAAAUCUGGUGUACCUCCUAGCAGUGGUCAUGCCUAUAAUUUUUUAUCAUCUUCCCUAUUUGAUCCAUUAGCUGUCGAAAAUUGCAAUCAGAGGAGAAAGUAUUGUUUCAACAAAGAAGAACAUUUGUCAAAGUUUACGGAAGAAGUUUUAGUAGAGAGGUUUCCUGCCUUUGCUUUUGACUAUCUUUAUGAACUUGAUGUUCCUGAAGAAUGGUUAGAUAAAAUGUCUACUGUAACAACUCUUUUUUUGGAAGAAAGUAAUUGGCAUGAGAGUUCUACAUGUCGUUUGGUAUUUGGACCCUUAUGUGUUGAUGUAACCAGUAGUUUGGUUCACAGAAUAUCAAAACUAAUAUUUUCUGCCAAGGAUGGUGAUUACUCAUAUUAUUCUGAAUCAAGUAAACCAUCUUCACAUGCAGUUAAUAUUGAUGAUGAUGUCAUAGAACAGCUUGAAGAAUCUGUACCUGUUAGAAUGUAUCAUCUGACUUUAUUCAAACCAGUCAUUCGAUUAUAUGUUGCUGAUCAUACAACCUCUUUUACAGCUGCAAAACAUGAAUCUAAAAGGAAAAAAAAGAAAAACAUACGGUCAUCUAAAUAUUCCAGCAUUCCAAAAGCAUCUGAAGCAAAUGUUUGCGUGGAGCUAUAUGCAGACUGUGUGGAUCUGCAGUCAAGCAUGCCCAUGUAUCCUCUACGUCUUGUGAAAAUCAUUGAUAAGUUGCCAGAUACUUCUCAGUUUUUACUUCAUCAUUGCUACAACUCUAGUUCUGUUAAGGUAUUUGACCUUGAAGUGUCUCUUCAAAAGGAAAGUGUUUCACUGCUACCAGAACGUAAUAUCUUACAAAAGACUUCAUUGACGUUUUUCAUGAAAACUCUAAUGCUACCUGAUAUUUGGACUAAUCUCAAAAACAUUACUUUAUGUGAAUAUGCAUUUGAAUGUGAUAAAAUUGGCAUUGCUUUGCAUGAAGCCCAAUUUUUUAUUUUAUUAAUUAUUUUUCACUCAUGGACUUCAAAGCAUUUCAAUUCUAUAGGAGUGGAAAAAAUUAGAUCUAUGAUGCAAAUUUUAAAAGUGGGAUACCCUCUUCUUUUUGCUCAAAUUAGUGAUGUGAGAAGUUCCUACAUGAAAACUGAUGAACUGUCUUGCUUAAAACUUACUAUGCAUUCUUCAUGCUUGGAGUUUCAGAAUGAAGAUAAUGUCACAGUGUUGUUUAGUGCACCUGAGGCAACAUCAAAUGUGCACAAGGGUCCUGCUCUGUUAAUAUUGCAUAUUAGUGGGUCGACCAUUUGUUUUGAUCCAGAUUUCUUCUCCUGGCUAUCAUCUGUUGAUAAAAUAAUGCCUACAGGUUUUGAUUCAGAGCAAGAGUUGAGCUUGACUAGUUCUAUUGAUUUUAAAGAAAAUUCAACUUGUAGUAGUCGUACAAAAGAGCAGUCUGUUAGCCAAUCAUUGUCAAAAUCACAGUCAACUCUUCUUAAUUUUGCAAGUAAAGAAGGAUUUCUUAAACGCUUACAAAUCACUUUACUUGAAUGCAGUGAUUUUUUGUCUCAACUUGUUUUAGAGCAGUCAUAUAGUCCCUCAAGUCUUGUAAAAAAUGUAGCUCAAUUGAAUUAUAUGUUACAAAGAGGAAGUUUUCUAAAAAUUCCAUCCACUUGGAAACUGGGGAAGGCAUUCUUAAAUAGAGAAAAAGCUUCUUGA